AUGCUUGCUUGCACACAAGAUUUCUUUUUUGAAAAGGAUGCACUGCAGGACAGCGACAUCCUUUCGUCGAUCGCUGCACUUCCCACUUCAGCACCACCACCUUCCGUUGCAGCCGCUUUGAGCUUAAAUUGUGUGGUAGACGAUAAUGCUGAUAAUAACGAUUCACAACAAAAGAACAACAAACGUUCCAGGAACUACCAUCAUCAUCAACAGCAUCAUCAUCAAAAGAAUAAGGAACAUCAUGGCAAUAAUAAUAAUACCACUGCAGCACUUGCUGCCGCAGCAGCAGCAGCAGCAGCCAUUACCAACAAUAAUACCAAUACCACCCAUAACUCCAACACAACAACAACAACAACUAAUGCAGUAGCUGCACAGGGCAAGGAAAAAGAAGAGCAGGUGUGGCCACCCGAUGUGGAAGCUGCCUUUGUGGAAGCUCUUGAGACUAUUCCUAAACUUGGUCGACGCAAGAUCCUCGUCAAUGGAAAGCCUUGUGGUCGUAAUGAGUUGAUCUCGGACUUCAUUCUACGAAGAACUGGCAAGAUUAGGACACGUAAACAAGUCUCGUCGCAUAUUCAAGUGCUCAAGAACACCCGUAAAAGUGAUCCUCACUUUAUGCAGCUCUUGACCGAUUCGCCAGGUACAGAUGAACGUGCUUCGAAAUCAGAAACAGCCGCCGCCGCUGCCGCCGCCGCCACUGGUGCUUCCGUUACAUCCAAGCAACAAGAGCAACGACAGCAACGACAAGUGCCACCUUCACGACGAUCAACGAAUGGUACAUGUGCCGUAUCUUGUAGCAGUGCACCUUCUAUUCGAUCGAGCGAUGAUUCAUCCAUCAGCAGUUGUUCACCUGAUUUCAUGUUUGACAUGUUGAAUGGCACUGCAGCUGUUCAUCACGGUGCUGGUAUGAUGAGUCAACAACAACAGCAACAACAACAUCAUCACCCAUUGAACGCUCUUCAUCAAGGACCCAAUGAUUACAGCAUGAUUGAGCCAUUAUUUGGAGAUGACAAUUUGCAUAUUGCCAUGGAUUUUGAUCCGCUAUUAAUGGAGGACGCUGCCAAGAAACCUGCCGCUUUCCCUUUAUGGCCAAAUUACCUUUGCUUGUUCCUCGAAUACGCCCUUCCUUAUGAUACUGCAAACACCGUUACGCACAAUCUCGCUCUCCUGGAACAUUGCUAUCCCAAUUGCCUUCCUGUAUUGGAAAAGCUACCAUCCCAAUGCCCAUCCAUCAACUUGUCACACUGUAGCAACAGCUUGGUGCUCUUGGCCAAGGCAAAGCUCGACGUCAACCUCAACAUCCCUGAUUUUAUGUUCAACACCAAUUGCUUCUUCGAGUCUCGUGAACGUAGAACGAUUGAAUGCACUACAACAGUCUACUCUUUUGGUUCGGUGGUGCUUGAAUCCAAAGAAAUCCAACAGGCCUUGUGGAUCAACAAUGACAAGUUCAUCUACAGCUUUGUCUACGUCAAUCAAUUCUUUGAUCCUUUCAUGAAGGGCAUUCGAUCAUUGAAUAGCUGGGAAGAAAUCGACAUUGCCAUCCAAAACUUGUGUAUUGUUCAGGUGUUUGAGGAUGUGGAAACCAAGUAUGGCUCCGCUUGCCUUGAUCCAUCAUGGGAUCCAACCACUGCUUCGAUGCUAGCCCCUAAUCAUGGUGACUCGACAACAUCAUCAUCGCCUUUGCUGACAAUGGUUUAUGAAUUCGAGCGAGGCAAUGGAAACGUCGAGGUGUCAGCUGUAGGCGAUCCAUCAGUACACGACAAGUUGGGCAUAGGCCGUGCCAUGGAUUUGGAUGGAGACCUCUAA